UUAUUCUUCAGUAAAAGAAAACUCCGUACGUUGAUAUUACUAUCAAGAUGCGUUACUCUUUCACCCUCGCUUCUCUGAGCCUCAUCUCCUCGGCCUUGGCCAUCACCGUCACUUCCCCGUCCUCCGGCACCACCUGGGAUUUCUCCACCCCCAAAACCAUCAAGUUCACCAGCGAUGCCAGUGACCCUUCGGUGAUUAGCAUCAUCCUCCGAACCCAGGAUGGCUCUUUCCAGACCAAGUUGGCCGACAACGUGAAGACCUCUACCGGGGAAUACACCACCCAGCCUAACCCUAGUAUUUCCAACGGAUCCGACUAUGAGAUCGAAAUCAUCGACUCCUCCGGCGAGCUCGCCGUGAGCUCGGUCUUCACUGUCGAGAAGGGCUCGACCACCUCCUCCUCCUCUACCUCUUCCACUCUCACCACCACUGCCUCCACCGCGUCCCACACUUCCACUUCCAGCUCUACCGGCAACUCCACCACCAGCAGCGUUCAGCUAGCGACCGGGGCGGCGUCGUCGUCUACUCCCAAGGGAGCUGUGGCUUUGUUGGGUGCUGCUUUGGCGCUCCUCAAUGCGUAGAGCGUCGAUGGAAAUGUGUUACACUUAUGUCGUUAUGUAGCAGGACAAUGAGGAACGAGGGUAUUGCUUUGUCACUUUCGGUUCUUUUAUAGAAUAAUCU